CGUCUGCUUUCUCUUGACACCGGCUGGCCCGCUUCAACAAACAAAAUACAACAACCCUCAAGAAAGAAAAGGAGCAAACUCGACAACGCAUCCCAGCUAUCAACUGCCACCGACUCCUGCUUCACCAUGAGGCUUCUCAGCGCCUCACUAUACACCUCCCUCUUCGCCCUCUGUUUGCUUGUUUGCGUAUCACUCUCGGUGAACGCAAUGAAGAUUCCCAACAGCCCUUCCUGGAGGGAGUCCGUUUCUUCUGUUUCCGGGACGAAGCAAGACAUCGGAACCUGGGAAAGCAAACUCGAUAAUCGAAACGAAGACAAGGCUUGGACGAAUGCCCAACAAAAGUGGGUGCCGAAGUCUACCACCUCUUCUUCUGUCUCUUCCUUGCUCGACAAGCCCAAAGCCUGGGACGGGAUUUUCAGGGAGAUCGUUACCAACAAACGCCGGGUGCCAGAAACUCCUCUGACUCAACCCCACAGCGGCUCGGCCGAUGGUGUAGUCAAAUCGAGGUUCGGGUUCCGCAACUACCCCGCCAAGGGAGAGUCCAGGGGACGAGACUGUGAAAAGAGCCUUGUCGACGAGCAGACUGACGACCCACCGUCCAAGCGAUCAGGCGAAAGCAAAGAAGAUUUAGAAGAGCAAAUGAGAAAGGCCAUGGAAGUAUUGGAUCCCAUGAAGCUUGCUAGGUUGGCUCGAGGCAAGAACAAUGACAUUGAGGAGAGCAACGCAACGUUUAGGCUCAGUGCUGAGGCACAGCAAAUACUGGAAGUAUUGCAAAUUGGGGAACAUGCGAGAGCUGAAACCGCAGACAAAGAGCGCGCAGAUCGCAACUUUUUAAGUUUAGAGGGCCCUACAACGUCAAUCGAUGAAGAAGAAGGUAGCUCGACCUCGUCCGUGUCGACGGGCAGGAAGAGCAAAAAGCAGAAUAAGAAGAAGCAGCAGGGUGGCAGAGGCAAAGACAAAAAGCAUUGA